CCACUGAACGUGUCAUAAAUACGGUGAGAAUCCCUGCUCAAAUUCACUCCAAUAGCUCAAAUCUAACAUAAUCUUUCUCUGCCGUCCUCUUUAAGGUUUCCCAUGAAACAGAGGCUUUUCUGUUUCCAUGUCUGCAAUGAAGAAACACCCAAACCCUUCUCUUCUCUUACUUCUGCUUCCUAUAAUCCUAUCUUGUCGACCCAUGUCAGCUAUUGAUUUUGUCUUCAAUGGCUUCAAUUCCUCCAAUUUGAUUCUCUAUGACUCAGCCACCAUUGAAUCUCGUAUUCUCACACUUACCAAGAGAACAGCUUUCAGAGAAGGUCGUGCUCUAUACCCAUCAAAAGUAACCACCAAAGCUACUAACUCCUCUUAUGUCUAUCCAUUUUCUACUUCUUUCAUUUUUGCUAUGGUUCCUUACAAGAACGUCCUGCCAGGACAUGGCCUGAUAUUCAUUUUUGUAACACAUAUUGGGAUAAAUGGUACAAGCCCAGCCCAAUACUUAGGCCUAUUUAAUCGCACGAAUAAUGGUAAUCCUAGCAAUCAUGUGUUUGGGAUCGAGUUCGAUGUGUUCGCCAACCAAGAAUUCAAUGACACGAAGAGUAACCAUGUUGGUAUAGAUCUGAAUUCCCUCACAUCAAAAUUUGCUGAAGAGGCAGGAUAUUGGCCUGACAAUAAAAAGAGUAGCAGCGCCGACAGGAGUUCAUUCAAGAAAUUGAAGCUAAAUAAUGGUGAAAAUUACCAAGUUUGGAUAGAUUAUGCAGAUUCUUUAAUUAAUAUUACUAUGGCUCCUGUUGGCAUGAAAAGGCCUACUCGGCCUUUGUUAAAUGUUUCUAUUAAUCUUUCUGAUGUUUUUGAGGAAGAAAUGUAUGUUGGGUUCACUUCUGCAACAGGAAAACUUGAUGAGAGUCACAAGAUUCUGGCUUGGAGCUAUAGUGAUUCCAAUUUUUCUUUAAGUGAAAGUUUGAUUACAACUGGGUUGCCAUCCUUUGUUCCUCUAAAAGGUUCCUUUUUUCGGUCUAAGGCGUUCAUUGCCGGUGCCGUGCUUGGAGGUUUCGCGGUUAUUGUCGCUGUUGCUUUGAUUACUUUGUUUUAUGCUAGGAGGAAGCAGAGGAUGGCAAGGGCGAGAGCGAACAUGGAGGAAUGGGAAUUGGAAUAUUGGCCACAUAGAAUUACUUAUCAAGAAAUUGAGACAGCAACAAAAGGAUUCAGUGAACAAAAUGUCAUUGGAUUUGGAGGAAAUGGAAAGGUCUAUAAGGGUGUAUUGCCAGGAGGGGAAGAGGUUGCAGUGAAGCGAAUUUCUCAUGAAAAUAAUGGGAUGAGAGAGUUUUUGGCUGAAAUUUCGAGUCUUGGAAGAUUGAAGCACAGGAGCUUGGUUGGGUUGAGAGCUUGGUGCAAGAGAGAAAAAGGAAGCUUCAGUCUGGUCUAUGAUUAUAUGGAAAAUGGGAGUUUGGAUAAGAGAGUGUUCAAUUGUGAUGAGAAUAAAAUGUUAAGCUGUGAAGAAAGAAUAAGGAUAUUGAAAGAUGUUGCUUCAGGAGUACUGUAUUUGCACGAGGGAUGGGAGUCUAAAGUCCUACAUAGAGACAUUAAGGCCAGCAAUGUGUUACUGGACCAGGAAAUGAAUGGAAGGUUAGGUGAUUUUGGCCUAGCCAGGAUGCACAGCCAUGGUCAGAUGGCUAUCACCACACGGGUGGUUGGAACGGUUGGGUACUUGGCCCCUGAGGUGGUUCGCAGUGGUCGAGCGUCAGCUCAAACAGAUGUGUUCGGUUUUGGGGUAUUGAUUUUGGAGGUGAUGUGUGGAAGGAGGCCAAUAGAGGAAGGGAAGCCACCAUUGAUAGAAUUGGUAUGGCAGUCAAUGACGCAAGGACAGUUACUCGAUGCUCUUGAUCCAAGGAUAAAGGCUAGAGGAGGGUUUGAUGAGGAAGAAGUGGAGAGAAUACUUCAUUUAGGCUUGUUGUGCACAUAUCCUGAGCCUAGUUCCCGGCCAAAAAUGAGGCAAGCAGUGAAGAUCUUGGAGGGCAAGAACGAGCCUGAAAUUGAUGAUAUGAAUGCAUAUCUGCUCCAACAUACCAAGUCUAAAGAUAUGUGGUUGAAUUAUUCUCAUGGUGGGGGCUAUUCAUAUCACCCAACGUCUGAAGAUAUUAAAAAAUUCCAGUCAUCUUUCACUUCUCUCUCUUGGAGCAAUAGUGAAAGGGAGGGUAGGUAGGGGUGAGCACUGUUUAAUUUGAAUAGAAUAAAUUGAAUCAAAUCGUCUUAAUUUAGUAUUUUGAUUUGAUUUUUAAAAUAAUUUAGUUCGGUUCGAUUUUA